AUGGCGGCCCCGCGCGGCCCCCYCACCGCCGCCAUCAUCAUCAUCGGCGACGAGAUCCUCAAGGGCGAGACGCGCGACACCAACUCUCCGCUGCUCGAGAACACCGGCACCACGGACACCACCGGUGCCACCGAGAGUGCCGGUGCCACCAACAGCCCCAGCGCCACUGAAAACAUCGGCACCACCAGCAGUACCAGUGCCACCAACAGCACCGGCACCACCAAAAGCGCCAGCGCCACCGACGCUGCUGAAAACACCGGCGCCACGGACAGCACCGGUGCCACGGACAGCACCGGUAUCACCGGCGCGACGAGCGCGGCGGCCGCCAAGCUGACCCUCGUGCCGGCCUCCGCGCGGCUGCACUACGGCGCGCCGGGCGCCCUGCGCUACCCGCUCGUCAGCGUGCGCAACGUGUACCUGUUCCCCGGCGUGCCGGCGCUGCUGGAGCGCGCGCUCGACGCCCUCGCGCACCUCUUCGGCGACGGGCGCCCCCGCUUCCGCUCCCGCUGCGUCUUCGUGGCGGCCGACGAGCUGCUGCUGGCGCCGGCGCUGGAGGAGGCGGCCGCCGCCUUCCGCGGCCGCGUCGCCAUCGGCUCCUACCCGCACUGGGAGAGCAACUACUACCGCGUGAAGGUGACGCUGGAGGCCGAGGCGGAGGCGGCGCUGGAGGCGGCGCUCGCCUUCCUGCUGCCGCGCCUGCCGCCCGGCAGCGUGGUGCCCGCCGUGGAGGACCCCGUGGCGCAGGCGGCCGCGCACGUCUACGGCCUGGCCCAGGCGGACUCGGCGCUGGGGCGCAAGGUGGCGGCGGCGCUGCGCACCGUGGAGGAGGCGCUGGCACACUACGGCCCCCGGCAGCUCUGCGUGGGCUUCAACGGCGGCAAGGACUGCACCGCGCUGCUGCACCUGGUGCACGCCGCCCGGCAGAGGUACCCGCGCCGCAGCCCGCGCACGGGGGGCUCAUCUCAUAUACACAAUGGG